GGGCGGUGAUAUGCCGGAGCUGCGGAGCGUUGUGUAAGAAGGAGCUGCAGGGAGCGGAAGAUAGUUAAACAGGACCACGUUUCUCCUCUGCGAGCUGAAGAGACUUGGAAAACUAAGCUCAGCUGAUGAGAACAGGACCGCUUUGCUCUCUGCACUAAAAAUUAACUGGCCUUGUCAAAACAAGUGAAGAUUAGCAAAAUGUUUGGGGCAGUGGUAGUUGGAGCUGGAAUUGCUGGCUUAGCACGAAUCCGAGACUUGAUGAAUCCGAUGCCUUCCAGCCCUUCUGAGCACCUGAAACUCUUUGGAUUUGUAUCCAGGAGGAGUUUUGGCAAUAUUAAUGAGGCUAAGCAGAUUAGCCUGGAAGAUGCUCUGAGCAGCAAAGACAUCCAGGCAGCCUUCAUCAGCACAGAAAACAGAAGCCAUGAAGAAACCAUCAGAAUGUUCUUAGAAGCUGGGAAACAUGUCCUUGUUGAGUACCCCAUGACUUUGUCUGCUAAGGCAGCCCAUGAGCUCUGGGAGAUGGCAGAGCAGAAAGGUAAAGUACUCCAUGUUGAGCACAUUGAACUUCUUACUGAAGAGUACAAGCAGCUGAAAAAAGAGGUGGCUGGGAAAGACCUGGUGAAGGGAACAUUGCAUUUCACAGGUAGUGUCCUCGAUGAAAACAAAUCAGGAUUCCCAGCUUUCAGUGGAAUUGCCCGUCUGACGUGGCUGAUUGACCUCUUUGGAGACCUCACUGUUACCUCUGCCACCAGAGAGAAGCAGAAGGAUAAGAAUUAUUCCAGAAUGACUGUUCACUUCCAGACAUCAAACAAGAAACCCUUGACUUGGAUUGAAGAAAGGGGACCAGGGAUGAGACGUGAAAAGAAAAUCAACUUCUGCUUCACAAGUGGUUGCCUGGAAAACUUCCCUGAAGCUCCCAGGUCUUCUGUGGGCCUUUUCAUGCAGGAUCAGAACCUCUUUGCCAAGAAACUGCUGGGCCAGGUCUCCAAGGAGGAGCUGGCUGCUGAGAAAUGGCGAAUUUUGCGGUGUCUUGACCUUGCCGAGGUGAUCCAACAGUACUGUGAAGAGCCAGAGAAAAUCUAUUCCUGAGAGUGCUCUUAGGGAAGGAAGAAAAUGGCAGAUGGAAAAGCUGUAGGGCUAGAACUCACUGUUGCCAUCAAGCAGUUGCUAUUUCUGUUUCAUUACCUUCUUUUUGACUACUUGUGAUUCCUGGGCUCUUCAGGUAUUCUGGAAGAGUCUGGUAUGUACCUUGUGCCUUCUGGUGUGCCCCAGACCAAAGCAAUUCACCUGCUCUGAUGCAUCCCUGUCCUUUCAGAUGGUUAGGAACCUAGCAACAACAAGCUUUCCUGUGAUUCAGCAGGGAAUAUCCCUGAGAAUAGGUCCUGCAGGACUGUAAAUACUACAUAUAUAUAUAUAUAUAUAUAUAUAUACUCUGUCCCAGGGUCUGUCCACCCAUUCCAGAUAUGUCUGGAAAUGAAUGUGUCUCAAUAGUAUUCAUGUACUGUUUCCUAGAAUGAAAUUCUAGUUCUGUUUUCCAUCUCUUUACUUGCAAUGCAGAACUUGUGCCACCACAGUCCUGACCUUUUCUUCCAAUUGCCCUGAAUUGUUCUGUGUGUUUGCUCUAAUUAGUAGUUUUGCCUGUUAAGUAUGGGCAGGGGACAUGGUUUUUGUUUUUUCUGGGGGGUGACUGGUUUUUGUGCUGGAGGUUGACUACCAUCAGAUUAAAUCUGUAUUGGUUUCAAACCAGAAUAGAAGAAGAAUCUUGUCUCUUGAUAGAGAGAUGUUGAUUUCAUUCAGUUUCUCUGGUGCCCUGGGGCAACAUACAAAUCUUUUCCUGGCAGAAAUGAGAAACAUGCAUUGAACUAAUACAUUACCUGCCUGCUCUCUACUGAACCUAAAUAUUUUUGAUUUUGCACUGAAAGUAGCAUAUUCUCCUUCAUUUGUGUUCUAAUUCAGCAUGUGAGUGGAUUUCCCAUAACAAACAAGUAUCUUCCAUUUAAGAAAAGAAAAUCACUAAUGCACUCCUAGAAACAGAAAAAAAUCAUUAGGAAUAGUGAUAAAUUUAGAAUAGUAUUGUAGAAAGCAGAGCAAUUUGGAAAUAUAUCCAUGUGCUUAUGUUGAGGUUCAACCCCAGCUGACAACUAAGCAUCAGGCAGCUUCUUGCUUAUUGUACCUCAGUAGGAUGGAGGAGAGAAUCAGAAAGGUAAUAGUGAGGGGAACAAAGGUGGGUUGAGAUGAUGAGAGUUUUACAGAUAAAGCAAAAGCUGCAAAAAAAGCAAGCAAAGCAAAACAAGGAAUUAAUUCACUGCUUCCCAUGAGCAGGCAGGUGUUUGGCCACACCCAGGAAAUCAGGGCUACAUUACACACAACAGCUUGGGAAAGCAAGCACCAUCACACCGUAUGUCCCCCCCUCCAUUCUCCUUCCCCAGCUUUAUAUGCAAUAUGGUGUGGAAUAUUUCUUUGUGGUCAGCUGUUCUGGCUGUGUCCCCUCCCAAAUUCUUGUGCACUCCCAGCCCACUUGCUGAUGGGAGGGGGUGAGAAGCAGAAAAGGCCUUGUGGCUGUGCAAACAGGGCUUAGCAAUAACUAAAACAUCCCUGUGUUAAUAGUGCUGUUUCCAGCAAAAUCCAUAGCACAGCCCUGUAUUAGCUACUCUGAACCAAGUUAAUUCUAGCCCAGCUAAAACCAGCCCAGGUUAUAGCAUGUGGCACCUGUGAGAAUGGACCUUUAGCAUUUUUACUGUAGUCACAGGAUCACAUAUGAAAACAUUAUCACUUCCCUAAAGAAGCAUUUUAGUUUUAGGAGUCUAAGUACUGCACAAUGCUAUUAACAAUUCCACUGGUUGCCUUUUACUUUCUAAUUACAGCAUCUGUUGGUGCUAUAUUAAUAUAGAAGCAGACUUCAGUUUGUGCAAUUGUUCUUUCAGAUCCAAAUAAACUUGUUUUUUUUUUAUUUUGUCAUUUGGACAACUUUUUAAUAAGGGAGCCUAUAUGUUGUGAAUGUAUACAUAAUUGCAGCCAGUCAAUAUUGACAGUUAAAAAUUUUCCUUUGGGUAAGUGUUCAUUCAGAAGUUGAACACAAUUCAGUCUGCUGGAAACAAGAAAGAAAAGUUUACAAUUUUCUCCCAAAUCAGUCGGAUUUUAGCAGUGACUGGAGCUUGAUGUGUGAAUGAAUUCUGCACGUAGCAUUUGUUUAAAUCUACUCUGUCUUUUAAAAUCAGUGAAAAUUUUGUUGCUUUCAGUGGAUUGCCAUGUGAGUUGGCAGCAGAUUUGUGCAGGCAGAUCCUGUACUUGUCCACGCAUGUGAAUGCCUUACUGAGCAUUCACAGGGACUGUUGUGCCACUGUGGUGGACAUGACAUGGGCAGAUCUGAUGUUCUAUGAGGAGGAAAAAGAAUCUUCUGUGUGUGUCUGCUAGGUAUGACAGCCAGUGAAAGGUCCUGUUCCUUGACAAACUCCUGAUCUCUGAAUGUGGGGUGAAUGCCACUUGUUUACAUGCUAACUCAUAAUGUAGCUGGGUAGCUGUGGAAGGGGGGGAAAGAGGAGAUUCACACAUCUCUAGGCAUCAGAAUUAGUCAGCCCAUCUCCCUGAGCAUGCUCUGCAAUUGCUGGUGAGAGCAGUAUUUCCCUAGGAAACAGGGAAUAAAUUCAUGGGAGUUGUGUAGAGCAGCAGUAUAAUAUUGUGCAGUGAAUUGUCCUCUGGAAAAGCUUGUUUCUAUAGAGAGCACCUGGGGAAAUUAGCUGGUUAAAUUGAGCUAGGGAAGGCAGAUGCUUAGAGCUUGGAUAUCCCACUCUCUCUUUCAUUCCCCUCCCAUUCCUUCCAGCUAACCUGCUUACCUACUACUGUCUGUCCUGCUCCUGGGAGCCUGCAUCAUUUAAAUGGCUUUUCCUUCUGCCUUGUGAAUUUGCCAAGGUGUCAUGAUCGUUUGUGUAUGGGAGCUACUGGAUGUCCAGUUUGAAAUGUAUUGUUGAACCAGGUGUGAAACUCACCAAUAAAAUACUGGAAUUCUCAAUCA